UUGUAAGUCGCGAGCCCUGGGAAGCGGGGCUUUUCGGCAUCGGGCGGAGAGGAAAAAAAGGGGAGAAACGCACCCCAGUUGGAAGAGCCAAGACUAAAGAGACUCUUUACUAUUAAUAACAGCACCGGGAAAAAAAGAAUGAAAUAGGGAAACUCUAGCCGUUGGAAAGCUUUUUGUGUGCGCGCGUUUCGGAAGGUGGUGCUGAAGGGAACUGAUUCAGUACUGCGGGUGUGCGAAGCGCGGAGGGGGUCAGGGGAUCGAACGCGGGGCUGUUCGCUCCCUCCCAGCGCCGGCUAAACAAACAUGGAGGCCAUAGCGUGAGGAGGAGGAGAAGCAGCCUUCGAUCACCAUCGUCAUCCCCCCGUUAAUCGCCGGCGGAAAGCGAGGCGGGGAGAGGGGAAGCUACCGAUUCGAGGAGCCGAGCAGCACUCGGUGUCUCUCCCUCCGCCCCUUCCACUUUCCUAUGGAGCGGCUUGAUUUCAGGACAACCUGCUGCUCGCUAUGCCCAAGUCGAAUAAAGAGGGCGGUGGAGAGUUGCCCCUGCCGCCCGGCUGGGAGGAGGCCACGGAUUACGAUGGCAAGCCGUACUACAUCGACCACAACACCAAGCAGACCAGCUGGGUGGAUCCGCGCGACAGAUGGACCAAGCCCCUUUCGUUUGGUGAUUGUGUAGGAGAUGAAUUACCAUUAGGCUGGGAAGAAGCAUUUGAUGCACAAAUUGGAGUUUAUUACAUUGAUCACAAUACACAGACAACGCAGGUGGAGGAUCCUCGGGCUCAGUGGCGAAGAGAACAGCAACGCAUGUUGAAGGACUAUCUGGUAGUAGCUCAGGAUGCACUGACUGCGCAGAAGGAAAUCUACCAAGUGAAGCAACAGAGAUUAGAAUUAGCUCAACAUGAAUACAAGCAGUUAUAUGACGUUUGGAAAGAUAAAUCUAGUUCCCAGACCAGCUUAUUCUCAAGCUCUUCGUCUAGUACUAAAUAUGAUCCAGACAUCCUCAAAGCUGAAAUUUCAACAACCAAAUCAAGAGUGAAUAAAUUGAAGAGUGAGCUAACUCAUAUGAGACAUGAACUGCAGUAUAAAGAGCAAGGAUUCGAAACUCUUAAAGCAAUUGACCUAAAGAUGUCAGGAACACGAGGAGGAUACAAACUUGAUGAAGCAAAGGCGAUUGUGAAUGAAAUGAAAACCAUCAAAAAGGCUAUUAGCUCAGGAGAGAAGGAAAAAAGAGACCUCAUUCAGUGCCUGGCCAGAUUUAGAGACAGUUUCCGACUUCAAACAGGCUUUCAAUCUGAUCUCUGCAAUAGUCAUUCCUCGCUAGUAAAUUCAAAGCAACCUGUUACCCGCCACUGUUCAGAUGCUGGAUCCCAGACAGAUAUCUCAGGAGAAUUUGUUUGUGGUAGAAACACCAAAUUGGCUGACAAGGUGAGGCUUAGCCUGCAGUAUGAAGAAUCAAAGAGAAGGAUUUCAAACAUCAAAAUUGAGCUGGCUAAGCUCACUAGUGAGACAUGGCCUGGAGUAUUGGAUGCAGAGCGAGACAGACUUAUAUUGAUUAAUGAGAAAGAAGAGCUAUUGAAGGAACUGCAGUUUAUAAACCCUCGCAAAUGGGUACCCAGUGAGGUGGAGCGGCUGGAAAUGGAACGAAAGCAACUAGCAGAGGACCUACAGGUAGCAAGAGAUACACAAAGCAAAGCACUCACAGAAAGAUUAAAAAUGCACAGCAGGAGGAACUACUUGUUGAGGGAGUUAGAAGAAGCAACACGCUUGGCAUCAAUAUUACACUCACAACUUCAAAGUCUUUCAACCAGCACUCUUUCUUUAUCGUCUGGUAGCAGCAAAGGGUCAUUGACAUCCAGCCAUGGAUCUCUUGGUGCAUCUAGCCUCGAAUCUUCAAGUUCUGACCUGUACUAUGAUUUUCUGGAACAAACAGUAGACUUAGAUUAUCAGUAUAAGUUAGAUAUAUUGCUUCAAGAGGAUACCUCAAACACUAGACCUGCAAGUUCUAUAACCACCAUACAUGAAAAUGAGGUGGCAAAUACUCAUAACUGUUUCUCACACAUCGAUUCUUAUGGAAAUCUAAGCAAGAUUCACACACGGAGAUAUUUGUCUGAGACGCCCAAGUCUCUAGCUUCAUUAAGUCCAAGGUCGUCUUUAUCCUCCUUAUCACCACCUGGUUCUCCUGUGGUUAAAGAUACCCAGUUUUUGAUAUCUUCAGGGGAAUCUCUUUCAAUGCAUGCCAAUACAGACUUUGAAGAAACAGAGCUGCAAGAAACUAUUGCUAAUUUUAAUAUGUACACUGAGAAUGAUAAUCAGAUUCCUUCAAAAUCUGUGCCUCCAGAUACAGUCUUUUUACCUUGUUUAAAUUUGGAGACUGAGAACAAGUCUGAAUCUGGACCAUAUAGUAAUUCAUCAAACGUACAGUCUGAAGUGACUGGAACUUCUGCUAAAUCUGAUGAAAGAAUAGGAGAUGCCAGUACUCAAACCGAGAUGACUGGAGCAGUUCUGCAUCCCAAAAUUGCUUGUGUUUCAGCAGCAGUAUCAGAUGAGUCAGUAGCAGGUGAUAGUGGAGUAUAUGAAGCAGUGAAAAGGUUAUGUGAGACAGAGGAUGCACUUUUUGAAGAUGAAAUAGAAGCACUGGGUGCUUCCAGACUCCAGAUAGGAAUGAAGUAUGAUGAUAAAAGCAAAAGAUUUGCAGUAUUUAUUAUUCAAUUGAGCAAUCCAGCAGCACUCAUGAUAGCACAGAACCAGACUAUAUAUAUCCGAGUGGCUGUGCUUCCAUGCUCUGAAAAUGCAAGUUGUCUCUUCCGCACCAAGGCUGUAGUAAUUGCUGAAAGUGUGGUGUACAAUGAAGUUUUUUGGGUCACCAUUUCCUUUCCCGCAUUGCGUCAGAAGACUCUGCGAGUUGAUGUUUGUUCUGUGGAUAAAUCUCACCGGGAGGAGUGUUUGGGCGGUGCUCAGAUCAGCUUGGCAAAUGUGAAUAGAUGUGGAGAAAAAUCAACACACUGGUACAACCUCCUUAAUCACCAUUAUCUACAAGAGCAAAACAUAAAGCACCAUGCACAAGAUGAAGCUGUUCUUCAAUCAGAAAUUAAUCACAGUACAAGAGAAAUGAAAAAUUCUACGUGUACACUUCUGGAACAAACAACUUCAGAACUGGAGGCAGUUGAACAAAGUCCAGAAAACAACAGAAAUAUAUCAAGUGUUGAAGAAGAAUGGCAACAAGUACCAGUAGGGAAAAGUGACUUUGGAAAGAGAGGUGCAGCUGACAAUGAAGAUCAAGAAGUGGACAGUGAAGGAGUUCCUUGGGAAAAUGAAAACUACGCUGAUACUGCCAGCGAACAGACUGACAGUUGGUCAACAGUCACAGCAGUAAAUGCAGUGAAGGUUGACAAGGAGACCAGCACAGAGGAGACCGUGGCAACAACUUCUGCAGUGCGUCCAAAAGAUAGAAGAGUUCCUAAUACUCAGCAGAGCCCUUUUGUGAGAAGCAGUGCUAUUAUUCGUUCAAAAACUUUCUCUCCAGGUGCACAGAAUUCCUACGUAUGCAGGCUAAAUCGAAGUGAUAGUGACAGCUCAACACUGUCCAAGAGGUCUCCUUUUGUUCGUAAUGCCAUGGAACGCCGAAGUUUGCGAAUGAAAAUGCCUCCAAUUAGAAGAGUGGGAUCAGAAAGACUCGUGCGGACCUCUUUAGAUUUAGAGUUGGAUCUGCAGGCUUCAAGAACCAGAAAGAACAGAUUAUCUCAAGAACUGGAUAUCUUGCGGGAAUUAAAACAGCAAAUUGAUGAGGCCAAGUCCAGAGGAGACACAGAACUGCCUCAAUGGGUAAAGGAGGAUGAGCGAUUUCAAACCUUGCUGAAGCAAAUUGAAAAACAGGCAGAGCAAACAAAAGAACAACAAAAACAGGAGAGUAAGGUUCAAAGGCUUAUGAAGAAAACAUCUAAAGAGGUACACAAAUUACGAGAACAGAGUCAAAAAGAGCCCCUGGAGAUGCAGUCAUUCUGGGAGAAGAUGGCAUUUUUUACACGAGGGAGGGGAGGUUUUCCUCCAUUACCUGCUGAUGAUGUGUGAUCAUUAAAAAUGUUUUUGAAUUCUUUGCAGUAAUCGGCCUUGCUGCUGAAUUCUUAACAUGAUUUAAUUAUUUUGUGCAUUGUGGAGGUACAAAUAUAUUUUGUAAAUUUUAGAAAUCUACAAGGUACUUGCAUUGUUUGAAUGUAUACAAAAUCUACACUUUGAUUAUAUGUUUAACUUCUACAGAGAAAAUGUAGCAUACAUUAAUGUUAAAACCAGUUUGUACAGUUUAUAUUUCAGUCUUUUUUUAAUGAAAUGAAGAUAAAACAUCACUGAGAACAAAUUAGUUGAUAAUGCAUUUAUUCUAAAGGAAAUAUUGCUUUCGGGUUAUUGUACAGUAAUUAGUUUUAUAAAAGUUAAAUUGACAUAGAUAGGUUGAAGCACCAAUUAGAAACUGUGACUAAAUAACAUUCAGUAUUGUGUGUGAUGUCACUAUUUUGAGGUACCUAAACAGAAGCUUUAUAUUCUUCUAUUAAAAUAGUCUGUUAUAUUGGGAAAAAAGCCCCCUUUUUCUCCUCUAUAUAUUUAUAAGACCCUGGAAAACUUUACUUUGGAAUUAAUCUAAUGUAGUUUUUAAAAAUGUACUGUAUUUGUGUUCAAGUUAAACAAUCUUUAUUUGAUAAAUUUAGUUUUAACACUGGCUAUAUUUUAGGACCAGGAAAAUGAGAAUUUAAUUUUCACGAGUGCUGUUUCUAUUAUAAAAUAUGUUCAUACUGCUUUCUUGCUGCUGAAACUGGGAACAAUUGCAAGACUCAACAAAAAAAAAUUAUAUAUUUUGAGCCAGUGCCAAUUUGAACUGCAAUAUAUGACAUCAGGUACCUCUCCAGAGAUUGAAUAAUGCUAUUUGCCAAUAGUUACAGAUGACUUAACAAUACGGAUUUAUCAAAUAUCAGCAUGCAUCCCUUUCCUUUUGAUGUAGAUCUUGAUUUUAUACAGAAUAUGCUUUAUACACAUCUGCUGUAAGUUGUGACUUUAUUCUGUUUAGAAAAUUAAUCCAUUCACCAUAACAAUGAUGCACUAAGAUUCUUUGUUUCUAUUUUUCAUACCAAUGAUUUUAAUUAUCUUUAUUAUAUAUAGCAUAAUAAAGUGUGAUUAUUAAGGAGUCACUACAUUAUACUAUAAGAUUAGCUGAACAUCAGGUCCAAAAAUCAUACAUAUUCAAGGAUUUGCAGUCUGCUGACAAACUGUGUCCUAAUAUCAUCCAUGGUUUAAGAAUAAAUGUGAUUGCAGUCUCUCCUUCAUAAUAUCAAAAGACUUUUAAAUUUUUGGACAAUAUUCAGCUUUUGGCUUUUGUCAAGCAGGUCCAUAGGUCUGACUGUUAAGGCCAUCAAUAGGUGGAAGGUAAUGCACCCUCAAGAGGGCUGUUCAGCCUAAUUGCCCACUUUUUUAGUUACAUUCCCUCCAGAAAGUCCCUGGAAAGAUGCACUUGUGGCUUCUGUUACCUGUACGCCCACACUUCGAACUAAUUUUAAUUUAAAUGUAAUUCAAAUUACAUCAGUUUUUUUUUAGUUAGAUUAUCUCUAAAAGGGGAUAGUGAAUUAGAAAUUCCAUCACAUACUGCAUGGUUUAUGUGCUACAAAAUAUAUGGAGGCUUAGAAACAAUCAAUUAAAUCAGCACUUUCUGUAGGUGCGUUCAGUGGGAAUUUUUCACUAUCCUCUGUACAUAUGAUAUGUUUAAAAGUCCACUCAAUGCAUUAGUAGUGUUGCUAUUCUGUAAGCAAUGUAUUUUUGGUGUCUGAAGAAAUUUAUUUGGCCCGCAACUGCAAGAGCAGUCCAAAGUAGGAGGAAGAAGACCUUCUUGAGCAAAGAUUAUACAGUCUUUACCUGAGCCAGUGCACGUAAAAUCUUCUGACCUUGACAUAAUAUUUCCAAUAUUUGAAAAAUAUGUAGUGCUAAUUUCUUCCUCUAUUCCGUAGUCAGCAAAAGGUUGCACAAAUCAACUCACUUUUGUCAAAUAACAGUUCUUUUUGAGAGCCGCUGCCUUAAGACUCCUGCCGUUGGAGGAGUCUGAGUUUCUUCUGUAACUUUGGAAAUUGUGCCGGGUUCCUGCAGAAAAAUUUACAAGAGGCCCUUCAUUCAUAAUCUUGCACAUGAUGCCUCAUAUGUUGUGCCCAUAGGGUAACAGGUCCUCUGUUUUCAAAUUGAAAAGCUGUGGCUGACAAUUAGAAAUUAGUACUAAUCCAUUUUUGUUGCUGACUUGUUUUCUCUUACUGGUGUUUAGAAAGAGCCACAGGUUUGUGCAUAUAUAAUGAUUAAACCCCUUAUUGGAAUUAGCACUAGGAAUCAUUGCAAUCAGUCUAUCAUACUAUACUAUUCCAUGUGGUUACUAAAAAAAUGAAUUAAUAGAUUUUCUUUUAAUCAUGAUAUACGUAUUUAAUCAAAAAACAGUCACAUAUAGAAAAUACAAAUUUUAGUCUACAAAUCCGUCACUUGUUAAAAUGAAUGUAGUCAAUUCAGUAAAGUUGACAAAAUUAUAUUUGCCGUGAUUUUUAUCCAUGACUUGACACAUCAGAAUUUGCUGUUAUAAGGAGGUACAUGCUGACAUAAUGUAGCAGCUAUCCCAGGUUCAUUGCAGGAAGACUGCUUCCAGUUAUCUUUCUAUUACUAAUAUUCCAAGUUAGUUUUGUGACCGUUAAAUUUUAAUUCUUUUUCUCAGUAAACAAUAAUUACAACUAGGAGAGCUCAAUUUUUUAAGUAAGUAUUAAAUUGGAAGAGUUUGUUUGGUACUGUGUUUCUUGACCACCAAACAACUCAAAAGGAGUCCAAUCCUUGGAAUUGUGAAUGUUUUGUGAACUGGUUGGUUUAGUGUUUAAGCUAUACAGUAUGUCAUGACUCAGUUUGCAAAAAUACUGCUGCUUUAAGUGAGCCAAUUUCUUUGAAAUGCAAAAUGCCUUUUUAUUUUAUAUGUAACUAUUUUCUAUUCAGUAAAUAGAGAAAUAUAUAUGUUAUACCUGAGAUUGUACUCUCCUGUAUUAGUUCUUUGUAUUCCCCCCUUCACUUUCUAAAUUUCAUUCACCUUUCAUUGGAGUUCCAGAUACAGUAUACCUACCAAAGAUCCAGUCUGAGUGUCUUCUUUGAACUGGCCAUUUAACUACAUUAAUCAAUACCACUGGGUUACAAAUUUUUUAUUGCCCUAUUAAUUGGAACAUCUCUUUUGCCGUGAUUAUUUCUUGCUCUUGGGAGUUGAGGCAAGAUAGAAAAUCAUUGAAAAUAAAUCUUUCUUGCUCAAAGUUUGCUCGGGAGGUAUUUUGGUGGAUUACUGCUGCCGACUUGCUUCAUAGCAUUUUAUUGGAAAGAGCUUAACAAGAAGAAAAAUGUUUUUAAUAAAUUCAUUUUCAUAUUCGUGUUAAAAACCCACCAGUUUGUUUAGAUUUUGAAUAGCGGAACCAUUUCGUAGUUAUAACUCACUGAAGCAAAAAAAUAAAAAGAGUAUGAAUACAAAGUUGUCUUUGAGCAUGUGUAAUAUCAGAUUAUGGGCCACAUCAGUUUUGUAAUAGUUACAGGAGGCAGUAUCUAAGCAAAACUGAAGCUAGACUGUUUUGUAAUUUAUUUCAUACAAAUGAAUAUUGCUUCACUAUAUAUAUAUUUAUUUAUUAGCUAAUACUUAACCAAGUGGUUAAGGCAUUCGUCCAGUGAUCUGAAGGUCGCUAGUUUGAGCCUUGGCUGAGGCAGCGUGUUGUGUCCUUGAGCAAGGCACUUAACCACACAUUGCUCUGCGACGACACCGGUGCCAAGCUGUAUGGGUCCUCAUGCCCUUCCCUUGGACAACAUCGGUGGCGUGGAGAGGGGAGACUUGCAGCAUGGGCAACUGCCGGCCUUCCAAACAACCUUGCCCAGGCCUGCGCCCUGGAAACCUUCCAAGGCACAAAUCCAUGGUUUCACGAGACUAACGGAUGCCUAAAAAAAUACUUAACAGAAAGGCUACAUACAAGUUCAGAAACAGAGUUGCGGAGGUGCAAAGUAGGAAUGAGAAGGAAAUAUAUAAAAUAAUCUGACUGAUAUACAGAAUUGUAAUACCUGCUCAUAGUAAAUCUGUUCUUUGUUACAGCCAAUAAUCACUGCAUAAAACUUAAUUCUUGGAUUUGCUAAAUGGAUAAUCCUCUCCUUACUAUUUAUGUGCAUGUGUCAGCACAUAAACACAACUGAAAACGUAAAAUAUUUGCCACUUUAAAAAAAAAAUUGAGCUCUCCUGAAAUUUGAAUGUCAAAGGCUGCUGUUUAAUUUUAUUACUUUCUGAUAUGCACAGAAUAGCAAUAUUCAAUUGCAUUCAUGAUAUUGUAUGUAGUUUUCAGUUAUUAAGUUUAUUUAUUGUCCAAAAUGUGAAUUUGUUUAGAGCUUAACCUCUGUGAGUAGAGAAGGGCAGAAGGGGGCUAGAAUUAUGCAACUGUUUUUUUUCACAACCUCAAAUUUAACAGAAAUAGCACCAAUAUUUGAAAAGAAUUCUCUGCCUUAGAGAUUUUAUUGAUGAUCAGCUUUGUAGUUUCUGGGACGUGUACAGUAAAAAUGUGCAGAUAUAUACAUUCCAUCUUCAUGAAAAAAAAUUGAGAUAGCAUCACAUCAGUACCUUUUAUAGUUUUACUCGGAUUUCUGACUCAAGCUACAAUCGUUCCAUUUUCUUGAUGAAAUAGGAUUACCAGAGAAGAACAUAGGCAUUGAAAUUUCAGUUAAUGUUGAGUCAAAUUUUGUCUACAGUGGGCAAGUACUUUGACCAAUCUGCCAACAACAAUCUGAUUUGCUUAAGUGUAGUAUCACCUGAUGAUGUAGGAAUAUUAAUGCUCAAGCUCUUGUAGUUACUCUGUAUGAUUUUCUUUAGUGAGAUUGUUAAAUAUUUGAAUUGUCUUAAUAUCUUUUCAAAGCAGCACUUUAAAAAAGAUGCACACACUCAUGUAUACAAUCCCCCAACCUAUUUCUCCAAAAUAUUCCAGAGCACUUCAUUCCCAAGUAUUUAUUUUUGGGAAAAUGUCAUGAAAAUUAUGUAGACCUUUCAAUCCAAUUGAUCCAAUGCAAGGCACGUUUUUUCUUUAAUCUUUUUUCAUCUGCCUCUCAGUUUAAUCUUCGAUUUCUUUGUUCCUAGUUUGUUGAUGGAGCUUCCCUUAAAUGCAUUUACAGUUUUCCUUGGUCUCUCAUGGUACCCAUGUACCACUUUUUAACCACAUCAAUCAAUCCUAUUAAUCUAAUUCAACUCAAUGAUAUCAGGGACACUAGAAAUGCUCCUUAAAUAUUAAAGAACAAGUUUUGUAACACCAUGAAAAUCAGGAUAAUAAAUUGAUGUGAUAUUUAAUGCAUUUAAGCUCCCAAAUUAUUCAACUGCGACAACUAACAAAAAUAAUGAGCCAUGGUUCUGAAUUCAGCCUGUCACAGCAACUUUACACACAUUUAAUCUGUAUCAAUUGUUUAAAAUUCUUGACCACAACUUCAAUCUGUCCAGUUUCAAUGGAUUUUAAAAGGCAAUAACGGGACAACUCCUUGAUUAUAUCCUUAAGCUACUAUUCUGUAAUCAAUUUUCAUCAAGUAUUAAUGUUUCAAUUGCAGAAUAAACACUUGGACAUAAUCAAAAUUCUAUUGCUUAUGCUUAUUACUUUUAUAUUUCCUUCAAAUUUCAUCCCCUCCAUCAUAUUAUUGAUAUUACAUUCCUACAGUAUGAAGAAGAAUGUGUUUAGUUGCCCCUUAACUAAAUUGAGGGUUCUAUUAUGAACUACAAAUGUUUGUCUUGAUCUGAUUUUUAUUAAUUUUCCAUACAUCUUAGUUGCAUGUGACAAUACACAAGUGGAGGACAGGCAUGCUACCAGGAAAUUACCUUCUUGCCAGAUUGAUUUUGAUGUAUUGUUUUAUGUGGAAUCAACUAAUCCAAAGGAAUAACAUCAUUGAUGAUUUUACGAGUAUAUAGGGCUAACAUUUGUUAGCUAAGCAAUGCUCAUUUCAUGUUUUUCUAUUGAUAACAUUUUACAGAACUUUUUGAUACAAUUGUCAAGUUUAAAAAAUGUGAGAUCUAGAAGUAUUGCUGUUAUGAUAGUUGUACCACUUGUGCAAAAACUUCCCUAAAUAUGACAAGGGAAUGCCACUAAUGGUGAAAUUUAUUGCAGCUGCACCUUUGUAGAACUUGCAUUAGAGAAUUUUUGUUGUAAGUAGUUGACUACUUUCCCAAGUUAUAGUGUUAUUUCAGAACAUAACAGUGAGGAACUGUUUGUCUGUGCUAUUGGAUCAUGUACAGCUACGUUUCCUUCCUCAGAAGAACUGGAAGACCAUUGAAAAUAAGUUGAGGCAAGAUAAGAGCUCAGUGUUUUAUUGUCAAGAGACAAAAUAGUUAUGUCCAUCAUCACCAAGAGUGGCUCCCAUAAUACUUACACUUGCUCUUCUUAAUAGUGAAGAUUAGUGCAUUGAAAUCAUGAACUGAAUGUAUUUUGGCAGCUGUUACCCCAUCAGGGAAAAAAAGAUUUCUCCACCUGUUUGUGCUUGCUGUUUGGGAUAUUCCAUACCUAGACUUGUUUAAUCUAAAGCAUUUGGUCAUGAUUUUCAGUAUUCAUACUGCACAAAUAUCAUGAACUGCUUGGUUUGUGUGACAAUCGUAUCUUUUGAAUCAAUGUUUCCUCUUAUAACUCCAAAGAAUAUGCUGACCAUGUUCUAUUUCCUUUUUCCUUUUGAUAGCAAUUCACAAUUUGUUGCAGUUGAAGAUUUUUUUAAAAACAAAGAGAAAUGAAUUUUAAGUUGGCAUCCUGUUUUUCUGAUUAGUGAUUCAAUAUCCUUUAAAUUAAUCAUUAUUUAUGAUCAGAUGAAAAUUCAGGUUUCUCUCAUCUAGCUUAUAGAAGUUUGCACUAAAUGGCCUGAAAGGUGUCUCUGUGCCACACAACCAGCAAAAAAUGACCAGCAUUUUAAUCAUGACCAAAACUUUAGGUCUGUAAAUAAGUGUAGCUUACCUUCCAUUAAUAUGAUACUACAUUUAAAUGAUGUCUGUUGUUUUCAAUUUUGUUCUUUAUCAAUCCAUUGAUUUAAAAUAAAUAUGUAUUUUAGGAAAAAAGACUGAUUGGACAAUCUGAUUUUUG